ACAAUUGUUUGUAGAAAUGUUAAUUUUUUUCUUAGUGUCGAAAAUUCCUGUUUUCGUCUUAUUAAUUUGACAAGAAUUUAUUGACUGUGGAGUGUGGGGGAAAGGGAAAACUGCAUUGCUUCUGUGAUAAACAUAGAACAUGAAGAGAAGGAAUGAAGAGAGCAGUGAAGAGAGAAAAUAUUUUUAAACUCUACCCACCAUAUUUUCUUAACUCUAAUAUUAGAAGAAUGUGGGUCUAAUGGUAAUGGUCGGAAAAGCGAAGGAAUAGGUACAAAAUCGGAUCUCAUAAUUUCACGGAGAUGUCAACAGAAGUCGAAGAAUCGAACAAAAAAAUUAAAGACUGGAGGUUAUGGAUUGGAAAUUUAGAUUUUCGAAUCACUGAGUAUCAACUUCUGAAACUUGUGCAAAAACAUGGUGAUAUUGCGAAGUUUGACUUACUUUUUCACCGAACUGGACCACAAGCCGGACAACCUAGAGGCUAUGCUUUUGUUACUUACAUGAAAGAAGAGGAUGCACUCAAAGCUAAGGACAAAUUACAUAAUAUGUUGGUUGGACAAAAGAAAAUCAUUGUUGCUUGGGCACAUAGUAUUAAUGACGAGGAAAUCACAAAACCUCGACAAGAAAUUGUAAUACCUGCCUUAGCUAUGGCUAAACCAGUGAUAAAAAAUGACAGGGAAUCUCAAAUACAAGCAAUAGAAGCCAAAUUAAAGUUAUUGGAAGAAAAAUCUACAUCUGAGCUGAAAAUUAACGAUACAGUAGCAACUAAACCACCAGUUAUAGCUCAAUAUCAGUAUAAUAAAAUUCAGAGCAAACUGAAAACGAAGGUUUUCGAUUUGAAAAAAUCUAAUCCUUACAAAAAGAGCCAUAAUAAUCGUAGAUAAUAGUUAAUUUUUUAUAUUUAUAGUACAAACUGGUUGUUUGAAUGAGUUUUUGUGAUUUAUAUAUGCAGUAUUUUUUUGAAUCAGCAUUAUGAAUAAAAAUAACAUUGAUAAA